GCGAGAAAGGUUGUGGGUGGUGUUCUUCCGUCGCCUCGGUGAAAAGCGCGGGAAAAUAACAGACGUGUCGUGUUGUGUUUUAUUUUUUUAAACAAAAUACCGUUUCUUUUCCUUCAAAAAAUAUUUGAAGUAAAAACUAAUAUUUUAAUUAACUUUGCAAUAAACAUAAAUAGUUUAUUUUGUAACAAAGUGCUUAUUUAGUUCAGUUACUUAUCGGAAGCAAAAUUAUAUGUUAUUGGAUGUUAAAUUGAGUGCGAUGGUGUACUGAAGUUAUCGUCGCGAGAGGGAAGAUUAGUUUGCCGAGAAGCAUUUGAAGUAACCGUCCUAGUUCUGAAUGUUGCGUAAUUUAAAAAAAAUAUGAAGGUUGUUUAAAUACACAUCAGUAUCUCAUAGCCUAUAAACGUCUCCGGCCUCCUUUCAACGUAGAAGAGAACAUUUCAAAGCAUAUUUCCAAAAUUAUUUAUUUUAAGUACAAAAUUAUUAAAAUAAACUAAACGAAAAAUAAAAUAUCAAAUAGCUUAAAUGUGAAGCGCAAACAAAAAUGGCGAUCAAACGGCAUAAAAGAAAAUUCGCCAUAAGCAGCAACUGGUGGAAGUCCAGACUGAUAGUGGCUGCGGUCACGUUGGCGUGUGCUCAUUCACAAGAUAUCUCGGCGUGUUGUGACAAAGCGGCUGGGGGAUGCCGGAGUGUUUGUGAGAAGAUGUCGCUGGUGGAGAUUGCUUCCGACUCGGCGAUGAGAGAGGAGAGGAUACAGAACAUAUACAAGUUCUGCACGCCGCAUUUGAUAGAGUUUUGGAUAUGCAUGAAUCAAACUAUUCAAGUGGUGUCCGGGUCGGGGUGGUGGGGCCGUGCGUGCUGCGCGCUGGGCCGCGCGACUUCCUGCCGGCGCGCGUGCGCAACUGCUGCCGACACCACAGCGCUGACUGACGCCUGCCGCCGCUCCGAUGAGAUCGCCUUCUUCGAUUGUGUGCAGAGGCAGCAGGAGGCGCAGUGGUGUUGUUCGCAGACGCAAUCACUGACAUGUCACGAGGCGUGUCGAAGCGUGUUGUGGCGUCUGGGGCAGGCGCGUGUUGACAUCACGGCUAAGGACCGCGCAGUCGAGGCCUGCGACCAAUCUCCUGAGUUGAUGCACUGCCUGCGCGACCUGACCGCUUCUACUGUGCAUGCUGAUACUUCUAAAUAUCUACCAUGUUGCCACGAAUCCAAGAGUCAAGAGUGCAGAACUACUUGCGAGUCCGUUCUGCGUCGCACAGGAGACUCCCAGGAGAUUGCCAACGCCUUGUCCAAAGAAUGUGGUGCUCCGGCCUUACAUGACGGACUUUGGCAAUGUUUCCUUAGAACUGAUGCACCUACUGACGCCAAAGACGUGAUUCCAUACGACGUUGCUAAGUUACAUUGCUGCCAAAAGGCGACAACAAUAAAUUGUCGGAGACUAUGCUUCAACACGUUUAACAAUGACUGGCAGAACAAUUGGCAGAAAUUCUACGCUGAAUGUCUAGGUGACCCUCAAGAAAUCGACUUGACCCAAUGCAUAGAAGAAGUGGACACCCCGUGUUCCCUGGGCUGCGCUGGUUUGACAUACUGCAGCCAGCUAAACAAUCGUCCAACGAGUCUUUUCAGAUCUUGUUCUGCUCAAGCAGAUCUUGACGCGCAUUUGGCUGUCGCUGAGCAAAAGGGAAAUGGGUUUGUCACGGUGUCAGGAUUACAAUUGCCUUUGAAGAACUCUUCUCAGUGUACUUCAGACGUUUGGAAGAGUGUCGCUUGCGCUCUUCACGUAAAACCAUGUACUUCCAAGGGUCACAGCAGUCUCCUAUGCAUGGAAGAUUGCAUGAGAUUGGUGUCAUCGUGUGUGGAAUGGUCUCGAACUCCUCCACAACUCACAGCAAGAUCACUAUGCGCCCGACUAGCACCGCAGUCCAACACUGCUCCUUGUGUACCACUCCGUCAGUUCAUGGCUCCUAGCAUGGAACCACCAUUACUAUCAGCAACAGAAGCGGUGACGUCACCGUGUGCUGGGUCUCCCUGCAACGCUACUCAAGUCUGCAUCGUCAACAGAAACUGUUUGCAAGGAGGCUCGUGCGCGCGAUACACUUGUGUUGAUGGGUGUCCAUUGGGUGACGGCAGUACAUAUGUGGUUCCUAUCGGAACAAGAGUAAGAGUGCCGAUGUCCAGCCCAGCACAGAAGGCCUGCUAUAAGAUCUGUCAAUGCACUACUAAAGGAUUAACCAACUGUCAGCCUCUGCCGUGUAUUGCGCAGGAGAAUUGUCGUCUGCACGACAAAAUUGUUCAACAUGGUGAGAAGUACUACAUGGAAUGCAACCCGUGUUCGUGCGUGCUAGGCGAGCGCGUGUGUUCGCGUCGCGCGUGCGGGCGUGCGGCGUUGCUGACGGGGCUGCCUUGUAACUGUCCGCCGCACCACCUGCCCGUGCACACGCCGCGACGGCUCUAUCCGAAUGCCUGCUUGGCUAAAUGUGCUGGAGCAACUGAUGCAGAGAUAGAAUUUGGUUCGCGAGCGCCAUGUGCUGGUAUAUCAUGUCCGCGGAGACAUGCUUGCUUACCAGCGCCGAAUAUCUGUCUAUCCAGAUUGCAGACUUCUUGUCCUCAACAUGUUUGCGUUAAUACAACGAGUUGUAACGCGCAGCCUGCGAUGCCAGUAUGCGACACAGACGGUCGAACCCACGCCAAUCCUUGUCACCUAGUCAUGAGUGGCAGACGGCUUGCUUACUGGGGAAAUUGUCUACAGAAAUGUUCAAAUGCUGGAACAGUUUGCGGUGUAAAUGGCGUUACUUAUUUCUCCGAAUGUGCUGCUUGGGCCGAAUUCGUCAGCGUCGAUUACAAUGGACCUUGCUUAGCCGUGGGCCCUAUCUCCGAUGUUAUGGAACCCAAGUGCCAAUUCGACAGAAUUAUCUGUCCAGCAUUAAAGAAACCCAGAUGCCUUGGAUUCACUGCCCCUGGUGCUUGCUGUCCGAAAUGUGGUGGAGCUUUAAGAAUCCUAUAUUCAAAGAAACAAAUCGAUAGAGCUUUAUACGGUACUAACAUAUCGGCUACAGUUAUAAAUUUGAACAAUGUUAUGAAAGUUUUAGAAAGACACGUUAAGAUAGCAGAGUGUGCACUUAGGGGAUUUUUGACUAUAGAGAUGGAGAUUUUCGUCACAGUCGAGUCAGUGUUACAGAAUCCUACAGAAUUGCAGCUGAAUGUUUGUGUGUUAGAAGCUGAGAAGUUAGCUGAUCUGAUAAAUAGAGAAAGUGCGUUAAUAUCUAGUGAUUUAGGUUUAAGUGCUUUAUCGUAUGCUAUAACUGUACAUACAUAUCCUACGAGUAGUGCGACUAGUAUAGGUGUGUCCAUUAUUCUAUCAAUAUUGUCGCUUAGCGUUUAUGUUUGGAGAUAGAAGUCUGCACAGUCGGCAUAAUAUUUUGUAAAUAGUAUUACAUAAUUAAGUUGUAAAGAAGAAUAAUUUUAUAUUUGUAUAGUUGUAAAUGAAACUUUAUACACCAAAUAUUAAUAGUGCCAUUGUACGUAAUGUACGUAGAUGUUUGAGAUUAUGCUUUGGUCCGCUUUAUAAAUAAUUAUUACAUAGGGCACAUUAUUGUAGUCAUAAUUAUUUUUGUGAGUUCAAUGUGCCAUGUUUGUAGAUAUAGUGGUUUUGACGCCUUUGUUUGUAAUGCAAAAUGAAUGUAGAAGUAUAGUGAAUAGACUGAAAUAAGCAUUUUAUAUCAAUUUUACAAAAGACAAUUUAUAUAAUAUAGUCGCUAUACCAAAUAUGAAUUAUUUGUUACAUUUUGUUGAUAGAAGUUUAAAGAUUUUAGAUUUUUAAGAAAUAUAUUUGUUCACCUGCUUAAAGCUGAAAAGAUUAAUAAAACUAUCACUUCAGUAUAA